ACGGCAUUAUCUCACUCACUGUCACGAACACGACUCGUUACCAAAGCGCUCCGAAGCCAACCGCAAAAGAGCAGAAUGCAGACUCUUUCCGUCAAGUCGACCCGCGCGUCGGUCGUCCCCCGCCGCGGCCGCGCUACCACCGUUGCCGUCAAGGCCCUGUCACUGCAGGAGGCGACAAACUGGUUCGGCCAGGCUUUUGUGCGUAUCUUCAGCCCAGAUGAUACCAAGGUCAAGAACUACCCGGUGAACAACUUCUCCGGCCGCAUCAGCCACCACGAGGGCCCCUCCCGGCCCUUCAAGGACGGCUUCCAGUCCAAUGCCCCCCUGCCGCCCAGCUCAUCCAUCGAGGCCGCCAACCAGGAGGGCGCCGCGGGCUACGUGGAGGACGCCGUCAAGGGCGUUGUGUCGGGACUGGUGUCUGAGCCGUCCGGCACCGAGCCCGGCGCCUGGACCGGCGCCGCGGGCUGGAAGGGCGGUGUGCACAGCUCUGAGAACAAGCGUGACGCCCGCGAGGGGUUCCACGUGAAGAAGUACUAAUUAAUUGUUAGUACCCAGAGCCAAGGGGCGCCGUAGCAGCCCUCUCGAGGAUGGGGAAGAGAAGAGAAUAUUACAUUAUCUGGUCAUGCGCAGGGCCGGCAGCAUGCGCGCGUGUCGCUAACUUGGUACUUUCCAAGCAUGACGCAGCCCGCCGUGCAGGGUGGCGGAUGUCCUAGAUAUCUUGGUGCGUAAAUCCAUGGAGAGCAGCAGGCAUUGACGCUCUAUACAAUUUGCGGGAGUUUAAACAACACGCACGUACCAUACUCGGCUGCCUGGUAAGAGUCGGCAUUCGUACGUUUUGUCAGAGCAGCCGGCAUCGUUGUUUUCGUUGUGCAGUCGGCAUUCGUUUUUGGGCUGAGCUAGGACUGAUUGGCACAGCUCGGUGGCAUGCAUGGCCGCAGCCCGGCUUUGGGCUUUUUGGUCGUGUCACGGCGGGUGUGUGCACGCAUGCGUGGCGUGUGUUUUGAUGUGCGCAAGUGAUUCAUUGUUAAAAAAACAAGAAGAGAGCAAACAGGCAUGCGGCAUUGUGCACGUCGUUCGGAGCGCUGUUGCUUGGGUUGUUAGGCGGUUGACUCGCUCUUGGACUUGGGCGCUCAUGUAUGGCACCUGCUUUGUUGCGAAUGAACAUCCGCUGCUGGUUUUGAAUUGCACGGCGCGGAUACAAUGUUGACAUGCGGCUGGCACUGCGGCAACGGAAGGAUCUGGAAUGUUGCUAACAUCGGCUGAUGUGCGGCGCACAUGGAUGGAGUAGUAGUGCAGGGAGGGGACAAACACACGAACCCAGGCGUCCCAGAGCAGACGCGCGCCACGAGGUGGUCCUGUAAAUAAUGAAUGUG